AUCCUUAUUUUUAAUAGCUAUAGCAGUUAUUUUACUACUAAUUUUAUAAACUUUUGCGACGCUAGAAAGAUUCUAUUAAUAGUAUUUUUUUUUUAUUUAAUUUACAGCAUACAACUUUUAGAUAUAGUGCUUUUUUUACUACUAUUUUAUUUGACUAAGCUUGCGCACUACUUUUAUUAUAGUUAA